ACCUGGGCAGGUCCGCUUCUUCAGAUGCGCCUGCCGUUUCGAUGAUCAUUUUUCUGCUAAGGUAUUAACGCGUAGUGACUACUCUAUGCACUCGAUUUCGCACAUGGAUCUGUUCGUUUGGACCCUCCUAGCCCUACUGUCUGUGGGCCUCGUCACAGCACAAAUUUCUACAUCUGCCCACAUUCCAGAAGUCACAGGCUCUAAUGUUGCAGGGCGAAUUACUGCAACAACCUUCACACUUGCACAGCCUGUAUGUUUCUUCGAUUUUCAGUCUCUGGGGUGCACCUCAACAUGUGAGGUUUGGCUGGUAGUGGCCAAAAAUGCAGCAGAAAGAAACUUGUAUGACAGUGAAAAAACAACCCAGUCAGUUACUAUGAUGACCUCAAAUCUUGACAUUUUUUAUGUGGGAAACCAGUCUGCCUAUGCUUGUCCCCAGACAAAUAAUGGUCAAAGAGUGGUUAAAGUUGGACAUAAUGUUGACUGCGUAAGCAACACAUGCAAUGGACCUCUUCCUAUAGGCUCUACAGUAAAUGUGAAAUAUUUUGUUGUAAACCCAAUCAUCAAUAAUGUUGUCAGUGAGACACCAUGGUCAUCAAACAUCAAUCUUCUAUCACCAAAAGAUCCUGCAACUAUAGACACAUGGUUUGGAAAGCGGUCUGCAGGAAUGGUAGUCAUCACAGCUAUCCUCUCCACUCUGACGGCAAUUCUGCUCUUACUGCUCCUGAUCAUGUUCUGCUCAACCUUAACUGAAGACCAGAAUCUCACCAAGAACCCCAUUAACCAGGAUCCUUACAAGAUUAAGCGUUAUGACACUCAUCAUGUGCGCUCGUCCACAUAUGAAAACAAGUUAUAUCAAUAAGACGUGAUGAAUACUGUUCUUGUUCACAUGCUGGCCUGCCUCAAACUGUCAGUUAGCUAAACCUCUUGUGAACACUUGGCAAAUCCCUAAAGUCUUCCUGAUACAUGUUUUAAGAGGUCUGAUGAGAGAACUUAGAACUACAGCAUAAACUUUGCCAAAUCAUCAUGACCUAUAUUAUGCAAACUUGCAGCUGGGUAAAGGACUUGCUUAAUAAGUGCUGGAAAAAAACAAUGCUUCAUUUUAACAACAAAUUUAUAUCCAACAUCUUAAAAUUAUGAAAAUGUCUGACUAAACCUGCUCUGCAGCACCACCUUCCCUUGAACAAUGUGUCUCCAAAGCUAUCCAAGAUACUCAGUGAAACAGUUCACUCUUUAAACUGUCUCUAAUUCAUUUUUGGUUCUAUUGUAUAACAUAUCUGAAGCACAGCAGCAUUUGUCUCCAGAUGACAAAAUGUGUUACUGGUGCAGUGCAAUUCAUAUUUAAAAACUCAAUAUGUUCAAAUAUUCUUAACCAACUAAAAGGAUCAAAGAUAUUGAAAAGUCUACAAGCAUUUACCAUAUGUGAGAACUGACUAAUUAUGAAGCACAGAAGAAAGCUGUCAUCAAUGUGUAAAAAUGAUUGUCUCCAAAACUACUUUUAAGAGUAUUAGGCACCAUGCCAAAUUUCUUCUUAAAAAGUUAUGUUCUGUCUGUUUCUGUAUAUCACUUUGGAACUGAAACAUUUGCUUCAUUUAAAAAAUUAGAACAUAAUGUUGACCACACUCAAUACUUUAACCCAUAAUCUUGACAUUGCAAAAUAGUGAAAAUAGGUAUGAACGAGAAAACAGACUGCAUAUCUAGCUAUUGCAUAUCCAUACAUACAUUUAUUUAUGUCAACUUCUCGCUAUAUAUCUAAAGGGCCAUUAUGAUUUGGACAAGAGUACUUCUAAACAUCAGUGUGAAGGGUGUUCAAAAUUCCAGCAAUGGGCACAAAACAUAUUUUAGUGUUCCAUAUACUUUUAUUUAGUAGUGGGUCACUAAUUUCUUGGCUAUAUAGAUUCACUUUAUUACAUUAAGACCCAUAUCUCAUUUUUGUUUCAAAAGGCAAAGUUAACAGACAAAAACAACUGACACAUAAGCAACAACCAGACAAAUGCGGCUGCCUUGAUCGGUGCCUUCUUCUGGUUAUACAUAUGCAGUGCAUAUUGCAAGACAUUUAUUAUUUUUUCUAUCUUAUGAUGCUAGGAUAUAAACAAUGCAUUCCAUAUCCUAAUAUAGCUUAUAUAAUGAUCGGCUUUAAUGUACAUUGUCUAGAAAUUGUCAGUUUGUUUACAUUAGUGAAACAACUGAAUGGGCUGCAGAUAGUUCUGAUAUGCUUUUUUAAAUUAUCAGGAUCAAAGUUUGUUCGGAGCAAAUUGUGACCAAUUUUGUAAUUUCUUAAUCAUAGUCAUCCAUCUGUGUUGGGUUCUGUCAUAGAAAUUUACAAAUGCCUAUCAAAUCAAAUAAAAACUGCAAAAUAGAAAAUUUUUCCUUGUUCUAUCACACACACUGAAUGACUGACUAAUCUCUUAAUGUCAGCCUUCAUUUUUCAAUAUAUUUGCCUAUCGCACACCCUCUGCCGUUACAACCUGUCAUAUUCUCUGGCUCCCUAAGCUCCCUGUGACCUCUUUACAAUAUCUUGUCUGAAUUGCCCUCUCUGGCACACACCCAAUGAAGUCUAAAUGGCUGAAAUGUUUUGUUAUAAGUUUAAUUUUUUAUUUAGUGUAGGAUUUAUUUUCCUUAGAGGCUUUGUAUUUAACUUUCUUAUUUAGUAGUAAAUAAAACUUAAAUUUGUCUUUUGAAGCUGCUUAUUGAGAUGUUUUCUUUAAUUACUAAUUAAUUGUACAGGGCUAGACUAACAUCUAGCAUUUUUUAAUGACAUAUGUUCAACAGUGUUGCAGUACAUAAUUCCAACAUAUUUAUUAAGAUUGUAACUUAAUAUAUCAAUAGGCAUCCUGGCUGUCUAUAAUAACAUUUCUAUGUAUAAUACAUUUAAUGUAAUAAAGCUGGAAUAAUUGCAAAA